CUGAUUCGUCUCCCUUUCCUCCAGUUGUGAGGACUGACGGUCUGAAAGGUCGCAGAGGUCGUCUGCCGUCGAAGCCGAAGGUCGUUGCCGAGGCGACGGCGGCGUCCUCCGUGUCUCCGGUCAGUCUGAUCGCUGCUCUGGUCCGAGCGCACAUCGACUCCAACCCCGGGGUGGGGAAGCUGGAUUACUCCAAGUACGAGGAGACGGCGGUGAGUCCGACCCAGAAGGUGGACUCCUCUGACGUGCAGCAGUUCUACGAUCUGCUCACUUCCUGCACGGAGGUGGUGAGGAUUUGGGCUCAGAACAUCCCGGGUUUCUCAGAGUUCUGCCUCGAGGACCGGGAGCUGCUGCUCGAGUCGGCCUUUGUCGAACUCUUCAUCCUGAGGCUGGCCUAUCGCUCGGACCCUGACCUGCAGAAGCUGGUGUUCUGCAGCGGAGCGGUGCUUCACAGAGCUCAGUGCGUCCGGGGCUUCGGGGACUGGAUCGACUCCAUUUUAGAGUUCUCUCAGAGCCUUCAUCGCAUGAAGCUCGACGUUUCCUCCUUCUCCUGCCUCGCUGCGCUCGUCAUCAUCGCUGACAGACACGGUCUCAAAGAGCCGAAGCGAGUGGAGGAUCUUCAGAACCAGCUGAUCACCUCCCUGAAGGACCACCUCUCCGCCUGCGGGUCAGACUCCCUCCGGCCUCAUUACCUCUCCCGGCUGCUGGGGAAGCUUCCUGAGCUCCGGACUCUCUGCACUCAGGGACAUCAGCGCAUCUUCUACCUGAAGCUGGAGGACCUCGUGCCCCCGCCGCCCAUCGUGGACAAAAUCUUCAUGGAUACGCUCCCGUUCUGAGGAGGAAAUCUGUGACGGAAAAUCUGGAGAUUGUAUAAGACAACAGACUGAUUUUAUAAAAGCAGAUUAUGGACCUGAAGCUGACAUGCAACAAGCUGGAGGCAUUUUUGAUGGAUUGCACUGCCAAAGUUGCAAAGUUACACAUUUAAUGAAAUUAAUAACUGUAACGAGCACAAUUUAAGCAUUUUGAAAAAUUGCUUACAUGUCUUUUCUAACAGUCUUCUGACUUUAAAUUGCACCUUAAAUAUCAAAGUAGGGCUGAAACAUUUGGGGGAAAAUAUUAUAAAUGCGAUUAUUUUACCUGGUGUUGUCACGAUUCGACAGGAAGGCGGACCCAAGAGCAGUCAAAACAAGAUAAAUAAUUUACUUUGAUCGACAAACAAGCUGAUAACAAAGAACAACUAAACCGGUACAAACCGGGGAACAUGGGGGAAGGGUCAUAGCAAAGAUGGACUGGAACAAUCAUGGGAACAACGACUAACCGACAAGGUUUGACUAGACUAUGGUUGCGGUCGAAUUGUCCAAAAAUCAGCUCCUAUCGUCUUCUCCUAACCACUAUUCCUUGACCUCUGUGUGAACGUCACGGGGUCAAGGAAUUGUGUUUAGGAGAAUUCAAAAGGACUUAGGGGAAGGCGACCGGGCUUCAAUUCAAUUCAAUUCAAAACCUUUAUUUAUCCAGGUAAAAUCCCAUUGAGAUCAAUGAUCUCUUUUUCAAGGGAGACCUGCAGCAGUAGGUUCCACAAGAAGACAUAAAAACAUAAACAACAGAACAACAAAAGGACAUCAUACAGCAAAAUGUACAGGGAUUACAAUAAGCUUCAAGAGAAUCCGACUGCACUUACACUAUUGACGUAUUCAUGGCGCGCCAGCGGAUGUUAUUAAUGUGCGUCUGCUGUGGGGAAACUAUAUUUGAUAAUUGCGUUAAAAUUCCCAUUAAUUGUUCAGCCCUACGAUAAAGCAUUUCUAUUUUAUUCACAGCAGAAGUAUUACAAAUGUCAGAUCAAAUACUUCAAUCGCUCCGGUAUAUUCUCAAUGAUUUCACCACAAAACCCUCCUCCCUCAGAGCUCCAGUUCUCUCUGUGUAAUAUAACCACUGAUUGUUUGUGGUUAUAGUAAAGUAGGUUAACCUACAGUAUCCUUCAGUGGUAUCGUUCGUGUAUCAUGAAUAACACUGAGCAGCUGUGUGUGUGUGUGUGUCCAGUCUCAAACACACACACACACCUUAUGUAGAUUAUUUUAAAAUCUGUGUUCGACACAUGAACUGUAUCCUGCAGUUUGAGGAAAAUGUACGUAUGUUUGUUUUGGAUUAUUUUUACAUGCUGAAAAGUUUUAUUUUACUGCAGAAAAACAUGAAAUAAAAAACUGUAUAUUUCAAA